UCAUCACAUCAGCCUGGAUCAUGUUUCUGCCGCUGUCAACUUUGUGUACGCGUUCUACUGGCAAAAAAUAUUUAGUCUCACACCGGCCUUCAAUACGACAACAUCUAAAUUUAUUGUUUAUUGUUCAAGUUUUUGGACCUUUGUUGUAAGAGUAGGAACUCCCAAACCGUCGUCAUGUGUUGCGGACCUUGCUGUGGAACCUGCUACUACCCUUGCAGUAGUCCUUGCUUCAGUGGCCGUUGUUUCGGGCCGCGAUGCGGAUUUUACAGUGGACCGUGUGGACCUUGCUGCGGGGGCGGAUGCUGCAGCAGCUGCGGACCGUCUUGUUAACGUGCUACAUACAACAAUUCUGGACAAGGAGAAAUACUUAUUGUCGUGGCCAUUCGACUUGAAAAACAAGAUCAAGUCGCAAUAAAAGGUGUAUGACUUUUA